CAAUGCGGAAACCGGACCGGAGGAUGCAUGGUGUCCUUGUCUGCCUGUUUUUGGGUUAAUGUGGAUUUAAAACUCACUCUGUGUUUGUUGGAGGUCUCUGUUUAGUUGUUACCCGAUUUGGUUUUAAAAGACAGUCCAUCAUGCCUUUGCACAAAUACCCCCCUAAAGUCUGGGAAGCUGUGAAAAUGACACAGGGCAUCUAUGCUCGUCUCCCUAAACAUUACCUCAAGUCUCUUGAGAAGAAAGAGCCCACGCCCGUCCACUGGAAGCCUCUAGGAGUUCAGUACAGACUUAGCCCAAAGACAGGGCAGAAGGAACGGGUGCAGGAUGUCCCAAUCCCCAUCUACUACCCUCCGCAGUCCCAGGCCGGCCUGUGGGGAGGAGAGGGGUGGAUAUCAGGCUUCAGAUAUGCCAAAGAAGACAAAUUGUCCACUCGUCUGAGGAAGACCUGGAAACCACAGCUGUUCAAGAGAGAGCUGUACAGCGAGAUCCUCGAUAACAAGUUCACCAUCACGGUCACAGCUCGCACUCUGGACCUCAUCGACACCUCCUACGGAUUUGACUUUUACAUCCUCAAAACAUCGAAAGAAGACCUGAACUCGAAGCUUGGGAUGGACCUGAAGAGGGCCAUGUUACUUCGUCUGGCACGUAAAGACACUGAGCUUUACCCAGAUGACUCAGUCAAGAGAGAGAAGGUCUACCACAAAUACAAGCAGUUUGAGGUCCCAGAGGAAGAGGCAGAGUGGCUGGGACUGAGUCUGGAAGAAGCUGUGGAGAAACAGAGGCAACUGGAGCACAAGGAGCCCGAGCCUUUGUUCAAGGCCUGUGUGGACAAGCUGGUGGAGGACUUGCACAUCCAAAAAUUCUUAGAGCCUCAUCUCUCUGAGAAGAAGUGAUGACCAGAAAUGUUUAAGCGGCACAGAGGCCGAGAAGUUUCAGACGGGAAGCUUAAGUAAGUUGAACUGUCAAGCAUCUCCAGAUGGUGGUGGGAGUCUGAGUCACCAAGUUUCUGUCUGAAACAUUUGAACACCCGGGAGAAUUUCCUGCAGUUUCGGCUUGCAUUUCCAUCCGGGAGUGACACACAAGGUUGAAGUGACACAAAUCAAGAGGUCACGUUGGACUAAUGCUUAUUUAUUUCAGUUCUGCUUUAUUGCCUCUUGCAUGUUAGAUCUAUUUCAAGAAUAAAGGUAAUGCCUCCAUCGGUGUAAAUACUCCCCAACCAGCUGUGAUAUAAGGAGCUUGUAAAGGAUAUCUGAAAAAUAAAAGAUUCACAUUUUCUUAAAA